AUGGGUCUUGGAGGCGGUGGUGGAGGUGGUGGAGGAGGAGGUAAAGGAGAUAUAGGUGGAGGUAGAGGGGAUGGAGGAGAUAGAGGUGGAGGAGGAGCUAGAGGAGAUAGAGGUGGAGAUAGAGGUGGUGCUAGGGGUGGAGAUGGAGAUAGAGGUAGAGGUAGAGGUGGAGGAGGAGGAGGUCUUGUUCUUGCUGUUGGCGGGGGUGGUAGGACCGAGGAGGGUGGUACAGAGGCUCUCCAUUGUAUCUUUCAGGAUGAUGAGAUUAGUGGUUAUGAGAUCCUAUGGCAGAGAGGGAUACAAAAGUUAAGCGCCAAGGCUGAGCAGAGGCCCUUGCUGACAGUGGCAUCCAGUCAAUCUGGCCGUAUUCAUACGAGGAUGGAGAGCGGAGGUGUUACAGGGCCUGCUCAAUGUGACCCACCUAGUGGAGAUCCAGGAGGUGGGACAUCUACUGUCAGACCAUCUGCCUCAGGAGAUAGUCAUACCUGA